AUGUCUGCGAAGCGGGUUCUCGUCAUCGCAAGGGUCCGACAGCUCGGGCGGCGCAGGGUCCUGGCCGCCCAUGGCUGUUAUGCUCUCACCGCAACCACGGGUCUGACAGCCCAGAACACUCUCGGAGUGCAGGACAUCUUUGUCAUCCCGGCCGAAUUUGUCAAAAAACAAAUCAAUGCCGGCUUGGAGGACGUCGGAGCAGACGUGGUUAAACUAGGCAUGCUCUCCUCGGCUGAGACGAUUGACAUCAUCGCGGAGACGUUGACGACGCAUCAAAUCCCGUAUGUUGUGUUGGACCCGGUCAUGGUGUCCACGAGUGGAUCGCAGUUACUGCCAGAACAAGCCGUCCAGGGCCUGCGGACAAAGUUACUCCCCCUGACCACGAUCCUCACGCCCAAUAUCCCAGAAGCACAGCUCCUCCUGAAAGACUGUGGGGUCGAUGCUCCCGAGCCAGAGGACGUCGCUGGUCUCAUUCAGCUAGCGAAGCAAGUUUGUUCGCUCGGCUCUAAAGGAGUUCUCCUCAAGGGCGGCCAUUUGCCGCUUACGAAAGAGCUCAAAACAGCACGUUCUACGGAAGAGGCGACGACUGUUAUCGAUGUCCUUUAUGACGGGGAGGACGUCACUCUUUUUGAGACCGACUUCCUCGUAUCCAAGAAUACGCACGGCACCGGUUGCUCACUUGCGUCUGCCAUUGCGGCUAACCUGGCCCUUGGCAAGGACAUGAGAUUGGCGGUCCAGAGUGCCGUUCGAUUUGUCGAGGCCGGCAUCAAAACCAGCUUUGACCUGGGUAAGGGUAGUGGGCCGAUCAAUCAUUUCCACUCGAUACAUACGAUUCCUUUUGCGCCCGGCCGAUUCAUCGAGUAUGUUUUAGCUCGCCCCGAUGUUCGCUCCGUGUGGAAGCGGUUUACGGAGCACGACUUCGUAAAGGGUAUGGGAAAUGGCAAAUUGCCAGUAGAGCGCUUCAAGGAGUAUCUGGUACAGGACUAUCUCUACCUGGUUCAUUUCGCAAGAAGCAAUGCUCUCGCGGCAUACAAAGCGAAAGACAUGGAUUCGAUUGCUGCGUCGUCUAGCAUUGUCCUUCAUAUUCAACGCGAGACGGCGUUGCACUUGGAUUAUUGUGCAUCAUUUGGUCUGUCCAAGGAGCAGAUGGAGAAAUAUCCCGAAACUAUCGCGUGCACGGCGUAUAGUCGAUACAUCCUCGACGUGGGCCAAUCGGAGGAUUGGCUCGCAUUGCAGAUGGCUCUUGCACCGUGCUUGAUCGGAUAUGGAGCUAUUGCGCAGCGGUUACAUGGUGACAAGGAGACACUCCGGGAGGGGAACCGUUACUGGAAGUGGAUUGAGAACUAUGUGGCAGACGACUACACGGAAGCCGUACGACUGGGCUCGGAACUAUUGGAGACCCACAUGCGACAGGUUUCCCCGAGUCGAAUAGAAGAGCUGGUCAGGAUCUUCAUCCGGGCCACAGAGUUGGAGAUCAGCUUCUGGGACAUGGGGAUGGGCGAGCAGGUGUGA